AUGAAUAUUGUAUCUCAGUCUGUGCCCUGCCUGCCGACAGUAUUUAAGUUGGGGCUCGUAACCCCGGAUACCCCAUCAUUCCCCUUUGGUGGGGAGGGAGAGGGGGAGGGAGCACACGACAGCAAGCGGUUACGAAGCUCACAAGUUCAGAAGGAAGGAGCACCACACACCAUGGAUUCUCAUAUCCCCACACCCACCUUGACAAAUUCGCCGGGGUCACCCUCGGAGAUGGAGUACUCUUACGAAGAAUUCGAAAGGUAUUUGCCGCUUUCAAGCUUCCCGACACCACCGCUCUCCGAUCCGUACUCUCCAGAGCCACUGGCAGGACUCAAUUUUGAGGAUGCCUUGAGUCCGGAGCUUUAUGGUGGGUCCCAAAUCCUUUUCCCUUUGACAUACGUCAUUCCACUCUCUGUUUUCGUCCUAACAUCCAAGUGGCAGGCCCUGCAAGUUACCUUUGCAGUAUGUUGCCGAAGAAUGCAUCCCGCGAAGCUCCCUCGACACACCUGCUACAGUCUAUCCUACAACGGGCCAAUGUUACUAUGGAAGUUGUGGGUCUGGCGAGCUGCAUCUUGGAUUGUUUGUCUGGCCAGUUUGUGCGUCGGUGGAGACAGGAAUAUUAUGCAGCAGAGGGAUCUACCGAGCGAUGUGAGGUUCUUGCUGUAGCUGCUUUGUGCAUUGCACUGAAAUUUCUGGAAGAUACCGUUCGUUCCCCCCCCCCCCCCAAUCCAUGAGAAAUGUGCAUUUCCGGAAAAAUAAAAAUAGAAAAAAAAUUGGUCGGUGCAUCGUGCUGACAUGAGGAAAUAGUCGUUAUCAUCCAAGAUGUGGGCCUGUGACAUUUGUGGCGAUAGAUUCUCACCGAGAAUGCUGAGCGUUACCGAACGGCUCAUCCUUGGAGAUGUGGGCUUUUCCAUUGCCGGGAUUUGCACAGCCGAGCUGAUCCAGUUUUCAAUCAAUGAGAUGAAGCGGCACUCCAGGACUACUCCAAAAGCCAAAAGGCCAUCAUGUCCAACUGGGGCGGAAUCCUCACCUUCCAAACAGUUCACCAAGACGACGUUUCCCCGGUUGUCCGAGCUGGGCUCGUUCGUUGAUGACACUUUGGUUGACCUACCAGUGUCUAUUCCUUAGAAAACCCGAGCAUAUUACCUGGCGUUGAGCACUAUUUCAUCUUGCUUUUUUUAUAUUAUUAUUCCCUUUUUAUGAUUCCUCUCUUCUCUUUGAAGUAUGGUGUAUUUGGGAGUUUUGAUAUUUUUUAAGGGGUCCAGCGAUUCCAUACGAUACCUUGCUUUUCUAAUUUUUUUUUUUAAUUACCCCGUCCGCAGUCAUGGUUUACGAAUCAUGCCUAGCAUUUGCAUCGCCUGCGACAAAUUCCCCCUCAGGGCUCUCUUCAUCGUUCUCUUUACUAUCAAAAAUACCAUAUGCCCUUGUAAUGUCUCGUCCUUUUUUUUUUUUGGAGGUCAUAUAUCUUUGUCGUUUCGGCGUUUUAUGGUUACAAAGGCACAUACCUUUUUUUUUUCCUCUUUGGGUGUGAUGGAAGAGUUGAGUUGAGUGGAUGGAGGCUUCUCCUGUGAGAUAAGCAGAGGGGGCCAGUGAGAGGCAGGUUUCAGAUGACCUGCGGUAGUGGGUAGAUAGACAAAUAACUCAGCUGAAAGUUGUCUGAUCAAAUAUUUGUUGUAUGAUUUCUAUUGGCGAUCAAGUAUCGGGAAUCCUAACCGAUAUCCGAAACGUAUUGGGGUAGCGGAAUCUGCGUUGUAACCUUUCUGUGGUGAUCCGGUGCGGUACUGUAUGAUACCGGUACUGUGCCUAGAGGCAGAAAAAGGCAGAUGUCUCCCAUGCUGCUCCAGCCCUAUGCCCUGAUGAGCCAAUUGCUUCGAGCGGCCUCGUAUCCUAACAUCCCC